UUCACAUCUGCGAGGCUGUUCAAUGUCUACGCAUAUUUUGGCCCCGUGAUUUGCGCGAUAAAAUUGCGGCCCGAUAGUGAUAACAUUUUUCUUUCAAUCAUGCGCAAUAUUUGAUAGCGUACGUAGUAAAAUGUUACUGAGAAUUCGAUAAAACACGCUGACAACGAGAUCGAUAAUAAUUUGAUAGUACAUUGCUCGAUAUUCGAAGAGCCGCAUUCGCAUCAUGGCCUCGUUACAGGUUAGGAAAUACUUCGCGACAGCAUCGCGAACUCUGUUGAAUGUGGAUUUUGUCACGACCCGUUUAAUGAGCGCUUGUUCCAGUGAAAUAUCAACGAAAUAUUUGCGAUAUCAAGAGUAUGGAGAACCCGUCAAGGUUCUUUCUAUCAAUACGGAGAAACUGGCCAAGCCAAACGACAAUCAGGUCACCGUAAAGUGGAUUCUAUCGCCUGUCAAUCCAGCUGAUAUAAACACGAUCCAGGGCAAAUAUGCGAGUAAACCGCCAUUACCGGCGAUACCUGGUAACGAAGGUGUUGGUGAAAUAUUACAAGUCGGAGCCGGGGUGAAAAACUUGCAACUCGGAGACAAAGUUGUACCCAACAGCGGACACAUCGGCACAUGGAGAACACAUGCCGUCUAUGACGCGCAGGAAUUAUUAAAGAUUCCGAAGGAAUUGGGAAAUCUGGAAGCAAGUAUGCUAAAUGUUAACCCAUGUACCGCCUAUAGAAUGCUCAAGGAUUUUGAGUGCCUGAAACCGGGUGAUUCGGUUCUUCAAAACGGUGGCAAUUCGGCUGUAGGACAAAAUGUUAUACAGCUCUGCAAGGUUUGGGGAUUUAAGUGCAUCAGCGUCGUUCGCGACAGGCCAACGAUAUCAAAGUUAAAAGAUGAACUGAUAAAUUUAGGGGCAACAGAGGUACUGACCGAAGAAGAAAUAAGGACAACUUCGAUAUUCAAAAAUGAAUUACCAAGACCGAAAUUAGCUCUCAAUUGUAUAGGCGGAAAAAGCGCGUUGGAACUAUUGAGGCAUUUGGACAAAAAUGGUACUAUCGUUACUUACGGUGGCAUGUCUAGAGAGCCAGUUACUGUACCCACUUCUGCGCUAAUUUUUAAGAAUAUAACUGUGAAGGGGUUCUGGGCAACAGCAUGGACAAAUUCCAACACUGAUUCGAAAGAGCGCAGAGAAAUGUACGAUGAAUUAGCACAAUUACUUAUUUCAAAGAAUUUGAAACCCCCGGCAGCAAAAAUUGUUCCUUUCAACAAGUAUCAAGAAGCUGUUAUGAAUACCCUUAGCAUUGUCGGAAAAACAGGAUUGAAAUAUAUCUUAGAUAUGACCAAAGAAUAGAAUAAAUCAUUGGAUCUGUAAGAUAAAAUCGGUUACCAGUAACUAAGAUAAGGGAGUACGUGUCAAUGCCCAAACAUAUAUCAUUAAUGUAGUGAAGUACCCCAAGAUUCAACUAAUGAUUGAAAAUAGGAAUAUCACUUCAUAAUUUCUAUACGAAACUAUCGUAAACGGAUCCUGUAUACAUCCGCCCAUAGUGAAACUACACCUAGAAAAUAAAAUUUUUUCAAUCUUUAUUUAAUUUAAAUAAAUCUAGAUCAAGUACUACAGAAAAAUAUAUAUAAUAAUAAGACAUAGUAUAGAUUUCUAACGUUGUACAGGAUAAGGAUUAAAUUUCUUGACUACAAUUAUUAAUUUCAAUUUUAAUGCAGCCAUUCAAUAUCACCAUUUCCUUUAAAUUUAUAUUAUGAUCUAAUUAGUGUCCGAAAUCUAGUCUUUGCUGGUAUAUUAGUAUUAACAUGAAAUAAGUUGGUACUCAAGAAGCGUGCACGCCUUAUACUCUA